AUGUUCUUUUGGAUAAUCGAGAGAUUGAGCGACACUACAGGAGAAAAAAAGGAGUUCCGAAAGAGGAGCACCGAUUUCCGUAGGGCCAUUCAAUUUGUCUUUUUGCCCUUCGGAUUCACCAUUUUGAGCGACCCAAAUGUCUUUAAGGGCUUUCAGCGACUCCUAUUUUACACCCGAGUGCACUUUGACUUUUGCUUCGACGCUGGCAUAUGGAAACCAGAUGAACGUGGACUGUAUGCUAGAACCCCAGAACUAAGAGCUUCACUUGCCCAGCUCAGCAAAUUGCACAAUCAGACUGUCGAUGCUUUGAGACAAAUCAAUUCUAACAAGGCCGAAAGAGGACGAGCCUUAAUACAAAGCGCGUCAUCGCUUCACCUGCCAAUUGUCUGUUCCUAUCACCAUCGCCAGUUCUCCGAUAUUUUAGCGAUACUGUUAUUGCUUCAACGAGGCGAACAAGUUGAAGUAAUGCAUGAUAUGAGGAGAGGCUUGAAGUCAUUAGCAGCAAGCAAUCUCCUCCCCAACGACCCUCGCAAUAUUAUGUUUGAAGCUCUUGAGGAUGCUCACUUACCUCUGGACUCAACCAGGCAUCUUUAUCUUGCAUACGACUCUUACUGUCGCUAUUUAUGGUUUUCAAAGAAUGAUCGGACUCAACUAAAAGAUCAUUUCUCCUACAAUCAAGCUAGUUUCCCAAGAGCUGAUGCAGGAGAAUUCUAUGAAAUAUUCCGCGGGAAGCCUCUCGAGCUCGUUAAGCUUGAUCUCGCCCGUGUUGAUGGUGAUCUUGGAGAGGAAAAUCACGAGGUCUUCAGCAUAUGGCACACCGCAAUUCGAAGCUUUGGCUAUGAGCAGAGACACGAAGAAAUGUUCAAUUUGGCUCAGACUCUAUCCAUUCGUGUUGAUCGCCUAGGGUAUGAAUUUGAAUACCAUCAGUGGCGGCAGCUGAACCUCGACUCCUCCCUCAGCUACUUUUUGCUUGGUGAUGCCUACGAAAAACGAGGCGAUUUUCAAAACGCUAGAGCAGCUUUUUAUGAAGCAUGCAGACUGCGAGAUAUAAUUAUCCCAGUCGACAAUUACGACUCUGCGAGAAUAGCUGCUCUGAGAGGACUAGAGUCUACCACUCAGAAACUAGAAGGUCGGUCGGUGGCUAAUUUCUUAUGCAAGCAGCUUUUGAACGGUAUGUAUCCAAGGGUCGAAUGA